AUGGAUUGUUGUUCAGGUCAUGUGAUGCCCCCCCCCCCAGCUGAGCCAGUGUCUGACUACUUCCUGAAAGUGUUGCACUCCUGUUCUAACCCAGCUGUGGUGCUGGUGGAGUGUCUGGUCUCUUAUGACACUGGAGUAAACGUCACGGUAUUCCAGAGACACUGGAGCUAUGAGCCGGGUCCGGACUGGUAUAGGACUCUGCUACUGAGCCUCCCUUACAGGCUGGUGUACCAGCCUGACUGGGCUGUGUCCGACACUCCGUGGGUGAUCGGCGGGAUGCUGCGUGCCUGCGUCAGUGAGGAGGGAUCUGAGGACAGUUACAUGCCAGCCCAGGCCACUGCAGUGGUCAGCUUGCAGCCCACACCCCCUAAAGCAGCAUCAAGUCUGCCCUGGCUGGGCUACACAGAUGCUGUGGCUAACCCGCAGUACCACCACUGCAAAAUGCCCCGUGGAACAAGGGAAUUACUGUAGUGUAGAGUUAGUUUGAAAAAUGUCAGUCCACAUUCAUACAUUAGUUGACAAUACAAAAUGAAGAUAUUUAAAACCACAUUGUGGACUACUCAAGUAGAGUUUUGAGACACUAAAAUCAGUCAUAGUCAAACAAGGUAUAGAAGUGUAGGACAUCUGUCAGUCAGUCAUUCAUUUUCAACAUAUUUAGGCUAUGAACUAUAACAAAUGUAAUGCAAACCUUUAUAUCCAUUUAUCCAGCAUCUCUCCUUUUAUCACAAAAUAAUCUCCUGUUCAGAGACGGUCCAUUUGUUGUCGUCCAUGUAUGCCUCAACUGGAGAGAACUUUGGCAUCACCAAGACAUUAAAUGCCUAUUGCAACGAGGUCCUGGAGUACUUGCGGCUCCAAUCUAUUUAUUUUCCAUGGUAAGGCCACCACGUAGUUUGUAUGUGCGUGCUAAAAGACGUGGGCUUCGUGUUGGGGGAUAUUAAUAUAGGAUGAUAUUUGAUACUUUUAUUCUCCCCUGUUGCCAGGUGUGUGUUCUCCACCUAG